AUGGAGCAAAAGGAGUCAAAUCACCAAGUUCCCAAGUCUAGAGCACCAAAAUCUACAUUUCUCGCUAAAGACCAAACCGGAGCAUCCGAAGUACUUGGAGAUGAAUCACAACACCAACAUCCACUUUGGGAACCGGACACUGAUCCCACACGAUCUCCACGGCCGGAGUUACCAAGACCCAGCCGUAACAUCGUGCCACAUCCGUUCCCUCCCAACCGCGCUCAUCCGACGUUUGAAGGACCUAGCCGAGACGAGCAUCAUUACCAUCAUCAUCAAAACCGACCUCCGGUUUAUCAUCAACCACCUAGACCAGUGUUGCAUUCACACCACGACCAUGUUCUCAAUAGGCGGAGAGAUAGCCAUUUCGAUGCCGUGCUUGAGGGUUUCAUGGAGAGCCAAAGAAAAACUAGCCGCGACAUUGAGACAAAGCUAGAGUUCACGCGAUACGAACUAGAUGGAAGACUUGGAGAACUCUCUACCCAAAUAGAGAGAGUAGAGUCAAGAUGCUUGGACAUGGAGGAAGAUUUGAAGAAGCAAGGCGAGGCCAUUGAAGACAAUAGGAGAGCGAUACACUUUACCAAAGUUUCCACCAAGGAGAUGGACAAUCACUUAGAUGAGAAGAUCACAAGUCUUGAUAACAACCUCGAUGGCACCACCAAGAGUCUCAAUUCAAUAACAGCAGUAGCUCAUCAAGCUAAGAGGGAGGCACAAAUCCGAGAUUUACACAUCUCUCUAGACAAGAGGAGCCAAGAUAUUCAAAGAAGAGCUAGAGGGCUUGAAGACAAAGUAGAUGGAGUCUCCAAGGAAGUCAAGGAUUUAACCACUCGCUUAGCCAACUUGGAAGAGAAGGUCUUGACCGAGCAAAGACGACCGGUUCCAAGCACAACCAUGCCGCGCCGUCUUUACUAUAAGAGAGACCGACCCAAGAGUGAUUUGGGAUGA